GUUAGGGUUAGGAGCGAUGGCGAUGGUAAUCGGGCGGUCCAAGACAUUUUCCGUUGCGCGAAAGGCUGUGAGAGCAUUCCAGGAUCCGAAGACGGGUGUCAAUUGUGUUCAGCGGGAUAACAACCCAACAAUGGCUUCUCAUACUUUCAUGGCGAGCACAGAGAUUAAGGGAGAGCCAGUGACAAUCAUACUUUCUCACGUUUACAGCGGUGAUCACUCGAAGGUUCUGCGGCUUUGUGAUUUCCGGCUUGCUUCCUUCAAGAGGCACCUCCAUCAGCUUGCCAAUGGGAUAAAUAUCAACAGUGUGAUGAGCCUCUACUCCAAUGUGGAGAAGGAGCUCCGUGAGCAUGUUACAAGGGACAUGCCGGAGAGAGAGGCGUAUUGCAAGACACUAGACAUUGAUCCUGAAAUAGAUAUAACUAACUAUUCUAGGAGUUUUUUUUGGUUUCUGCAUCUACCUACCCAGAAGUAAAAGUUGGAUUAUGGAAUAAUCAAGGUUGCCUUCUUGUAAAACA